UUGUACAUUCGGAUACACGUUUUUUAAAAAGCAGACAAAAAGGUUAAAGAUAAUAUUGUAAAACCUAUACUUUUUUGAAGAGGAAUACUCGUAUCUACAGUAAUCCAAUCGCCCCUUAUCUAUUGCUCGGUAAUAUAAUUUGUGAGUGUGCUCCCUGGUGAUAGAACUCCAUUUGCUUGUAAAGCGCUGCCUGUAAAGCUGCACUUCCGCUCCGCGAGAGAGGAGAGACACGAGUCCAAGAAGCGGUCACAGACACAAAGAGAGGUUUGUUUUUCUUUUUGUGGUCGGUAUGUCGGAUGACGAUUCGAGGGCCAGCGCAAGCUCUAAUUCAUCCUCAUCCUCGAAUCAACACCAGAAGGAGAAAGAAAUAGUCACGAAGAGAAAGGAAAGUAAAGUCAGCAUGAGCAAAACCUCCAAACUGCUUUCUACCAGCGCAAAAAGAAUCCAGAAGGAGUUGGCUGAUAUCACAUUGGACCCUCCACCCAACUGCAGUGCCGGUCCUAAGGGAGAUAACAUCUAUGAAUGGAGGUCGACAAUCCUGGGACCCCCUGGAUCAGUGUACGAGGGAGGCGUCUUCUUCCUGGACAUCACAUUCACACCUGACUACCCUUUCAAACCACCCAAGGUGACCUUCAGGACAAGAAUCUACCACUGUAAUAUAAACAGCCAGGGGGUGAUCUGCCUGGAUAUCCUAAAAGACAACUGGAGCCCAGCACUGACAAUCGCCAAGGUUCUCUUAUCUAUCUGCUCACUCCUUACAGACUGUAACCCUGCUGAUCCUCUCGUUGGAAGCAUUGCUACUCAAUACAUGACCAACAGAGCAGAGCACGACCGAAUAGCCAGACAGUGGACCAAAAGAUAUGCCACAUAAUUUAUAGCUGUUUGUUCCUGUUUUACAUGUAAUGAAUGGAGCUGCUUUUGAUUUGGGGUGGGGGGUUGUAGGGGUUCUGGUGGGUAUUUCUAUUGCAGAUUUUAUUCGGUCUUUUUUAUUUCCUGAGAUUUUUUGCUGUUGUAAGUCAAGGUAUCUUGGUACAAUAAAUAAAUGGCAGUACGUAUUUAAGUGGUUAUGUAUAUUUUUUAAUGGUUAUUUGUGGCUGCAAUAUUGGUGUUCUACCUUAUUUCAACUGCUUGUAAAAGGUAAAUGGCAUGUUUUCCCCUCCAAACUUCAGUUUUCAACGUGAAACUUUAAUAAAGUCUCUUGACACCAAGCCCUCUUGUAGUUUGUGGGUUUCAAUUAAUGCAUAACUUUUGUAGUGCUGCAUAUAUCCUAGUGUGUGCUUAAACAUCUUUCAGAUUUCCUGUUCUUGUGAUUAAAACAUGGGUGGUCUUGGGAGACAUGGUGAUGUUUCUAGGUAAUUGCUUUGUCUUUAAGUACAAUAAUUAACAUUUUUAAAAAUUAAUAAAGUGUGUGUUGCCUUAUUAAAAGUUGUUGUUGAAGCCAUUAGAUGAAACCGCAUGCAAAUAUCACUAGGAAUUGAUUUCCCCUUUGGAAAUAAACUGACUGGACAAUGUAAUUUUUUUUAGCAAACCAUUUGCAGAGUAAGGUUUAAUGUAUUUAUUGUUUUCAUCUCAAUCUAGCCGUUACCUUGAAAAGGUUUCAAACAGUGGUUCCGUCUAAAAAAAUAGCCUAAUCCACUAUACUUUUUUAAACGCUUUUAAACAUGACUUUGUUUAAUCCCAGUUUGGUUUUAAGAUUCACAGACUAUACAUAGGACUGAUUUAUAUGCAAUCGUAGCUAUGUCUGAAUAUUGUAUUCAAUUCAAAAAAGGCAUUUUAUGGCAACCUUCCCUCUUCAUAACACGCCCUGGUUAAGAUUCUGUUGUCCUCUGGUGACUUCUGUAGCUCAUGUAAUAUUUAAAAAUAACAAAAUUAAAUUGUAAUUUAUUUUUAGAAUUUGCCAACAUGGCAUUGUGCAAGUCAUGGUGCUUAAUAGCUAAAAACAAAUGCCUGAAAAAGGAACACAAAGUUCAAUACAAAAACAUGGAUACUUCUUGCCUUUAUUACACAGGAAAUAUAUACAUAAAAGGAAAUAUUUCGUUUUACAUUUAAGAUAUCAAAAAUAGAAAAUUAAACAAGGCUCUCUUUGGUUUUUCACAUUUUUCUUCCCAUUUUACCCCAAAAGUGCUUUUUAGGCUUAAUGCCUGAAAUAAAUCGAGAGAAGGAGUAUAUUUUGUAUAUCCUACACAAAAUAAGCAUUGCAGUGCUUUAUUGUUGCUACUGUUAAAGCUGUGGCUCAACAUCUAGUCUUGUUAAUUCAAAAAGAUACACAAAAUUUAACACAAAUAUAGUAUAACGUUAAAUAUUCUUAAUUUAAUAGAGUAUGGAUUAGUGCUGCUGGUUUUAGUGCUGUGUUGUGUUCUGGCUGUAUAUUUUAAUAAAUGUUUGCAGAGACUGGCAGUAUGACCAAGAAGCUGAAUCUAUGUACUGCAGUUACAGGUUCCAUCAAAAGCAUAAAGCAUUCUACCUGAAAGCGGCUUAUGAAAGACGGGAUUUUUUUAUUUCAUGUUAUUACUUGGGUCUCUGAUACCAAGAAUAAUUCAAAAGAUGUAUCAAACGGAUGACUAACAGGCACACACUCUGAAAUAAGAUUUAAAAAAGAAAAACAAAUGUACAAGGGGUACAUGAAUAAUUAGAAACCUCUGUUAUACCACUGACAACAGGAUGUAGAAUAAAUUGGGAUAAGUGAUUGUUACCACUACCAAUUCCUUCAGGGAAGUUGAGGCUGGAAAGCUGCAUCUGUUUUUUUGGAAAUUAAUCCGGUAUUUUGACAUUUAUUUGAGAUUUCAGAAGCAUUAAUUUUUUUUUUUUUUUUUUUUUUUUUUUAAAUUCACUUGAGGCUGUUCUUUAUUAAACUCAAUAUGUAGGCACAUGUCACCACAGCGCUUUAUUAGGCCUCAAAGUCUAUCAGAUUUAUUGUCUUCCCUGAAACUAAUCUGUAACCGUGGAUAAGGCUUUUCUAUAUUAUACGACGGGGAUUUGAUUUGCAGGUCAUGUGAAAGACAGCUCAUUUACACAAAAAGUGUGUGCCACAGGCCACAGGUUUUUCCAGGUUGUCCUUCCCCUGUAUAUUCUAAAUUGCGGUGAGUUGAGAUACUGUAUAUUAUUUCAGGUAUCUCUGUGUUAAUUACAGCUGAACAAUCUCUACACAGUAAUCACAGUUUGAUUCCCUUUUAUUGCUUGCCUU